GGAGAGGCGAAAGUACGUAUGGCCGCCGCCGAUUCCGCCACGCCAGAGGGAAGUUUUGGGGAUGUGUUCAAUGCGUUGAUUUGCUCGUUGCCGUCGGAAGCAUCGGGGUCGUUCCUCCGAUGUUUGUCCGGGUUGACGGCGGAAGAAAGCAACUUGCUGUCCAUGUACCUUUUAGAGCUUAAGGACGAGAAGAAGUUCCGCGUGAUUCAGGCACUGAUGGACGCGCCCGUGUCUGCCAAGAAGCGGUACAUCUUGUCGCUUCGUGAUCGAUUUGAGCGCUUGAAGGCGAAACAAGCCGCCAACGGAGUGACUGUCGACCCGCGAGCACGAUUGGAACGAUCAGGGUCUCGGCAAUCGUCCAUGAAGAAUGUCACGACGGACGAUAUCAAGUCCAUGGGACACAUGCUCGACAACGCGCACAUUGGCGAGUCGGAACUGCGGCUGCAGCGACUCGAAGAAGAAAAAGAGGACGUCGGGUCGUCGGCUGCGAGUAGUGCCGUCGGGAAUAUCAAGGCAGAAGCCUUGAUCAACAAGCGCGAACGCCCCAACAGCAACUGGGAACUGCUCAAGGGCGACGCGACCCCCGCCCAACGCGCCAAGGAAGACGGGUCCUCGGACGAAGACCCCGACGACGACGACGACGAAGUCGAAGCCGAAAACUCCCCCGAUGCCGACGCCAACACCGAGGCGGACCCGAGCGAAGAAGACGCGCCGUCCACGAAGCGAUGGACUAAGGCACAGGACGCCGCGCUCAAGGACAGCGUCCGUGUCCACGGCGAGAAGAACUGGAAGGCCAUUGCCGAGCGUGUGCCUGGUCGAAACCAUGCCCAGUGCUUGCAACGUUGGCGCAAGGUAUUAAAGCCGGGGUUGGUCAAAGGGCACUGGUCCUUUGAAGAGGACAAGAUCCUCGAAGAACUGGUCAAGCAGAGCACCAACAACUGGGGCCAAAUCGCCGAGCAAAUCCCGGGGCGCACCCCCAAGCAAUGCCGAGAGCGAUGGCGCAACCAUCUGGACCCGUCUAUUAACAAGGGGCCAUAUGCGGAAGAAGAGGAUAAUGUAAUCCUAUCCCACCAGGCCCGCCUGGGCAACAAAUGGUCGCAGAUCGCGCAGAUGCUGCCGGGGCGCACAGAAGACUCUGUGAAAAUUCGGUGGAAAUCGCUCAAGCAAAACCCGACGCGGGCCGCGGCCGCCAACGCGCAAAGCCGCCGACUCAGCCACCUACAGCACCACCAUCACCACCAGCAACAACUUCAUCAACCGACCUAUGGCCACAAUUUGAUGGACCAGCGACACAGUCAAACGUCGUCGCAUACAGGGGGGGUGGUCGGCCACCACCAACUGCAUCAUCACCAUCACCAACAACAGAACCAACAGCUACAAAACCAGCAGCUACAGAACCAGCUACAGCUUGGUAAUAGUAACCUUCUCGGCCUUGGGCGGCAGCAGGACCCGAUGAUGGCCAACUGGGCAGCCGACUACUCGGACUUUAACGGCUCCCAUACAGCCCUGUUGAAUACUCCAUUUAUCGGCAGUGGUGGUGGAGUUGGCUACUCGACCAACGAUAUGAUGCUCAAGACGGACGGGUACACGGCGCACUACCCGCCCGCGAUGCACCUCCAACCGCCGCCGCCCGCCCCAAUGUUUCAAAAUUUGCAUAAUCAGCCCCUUCACGAAGCUCCGCCCGGCCAGUACGAUGAAUUCCUCAUGAAAUCACUCACGGAUGAGCUCGAUUUCGAUGAAUUUGGCUUGAUUUAAUACUAGUUUUAUUCGAUCACCA